AUGCCCCCCGGGCUUUCAAGCCCCCCUGCCCUGCUCAUGUCCCACUCCACUGCCCCUUGGCCCAGCCCCAAGCCUAGAUCUGUGCCCAAAAUAUCACCUUACUUACUGUCAGGCCCCUGGGAGGAGGAUGAGAUCCGCAGGGACCGGGUGGAGCCCCAGAGUGUGUCCCUGUCCUGGAGGGAGCCCAUCCCUGCUGGUGUCCCUGGGGCCAACAGCACGGAGUAUGAGAUCCGCUACUAUGAGAAGGGUCAGAGUGAGCAGACAUACUCCACAGUGAAGACGGGGGCGCCUGCGGUCACGGUCACCAACCUGAAGCCGGCCACACGCUACGUCUUUCACAUCCGGGCGGCCUCCCCGGGGCCCUCCUGGGAGACACAGAGCUUCAACCCCAGCAUUGAAGUGCAGACUCCAGGGGAGGCUGCCUCGGGGUCCAGAGACCAGAGCCCCGCCGUGGUUGUCACCGUGGUGACCAUCUCAGCCCUCCUCGUCCUGGGCUCCGUGAUGAGCGUGCUGGCCAUUUGGAGGAGAACCACUCUGCACACCCCUAGGCCCUGCAGCUACGGCAAAGGAGGUCGGGAUGCCCAUGACGAGGAGGAGCUGUAUUUCCACUUCAAAGUCCCCACACGCCGCACGUUCUUGGACCCGCAGAGCUGUGGAGAUCCGCUGCAGGCUCUCCAUCUGUUUGCCAAAGAGCUGGAUGCAAAGAGCGUCACGCUGGAGAAGAGCCUUGGAGCAGGCCGCUUUGGGGAGCUGUGCUGUGGCUGCCUGCAGCUCCCCGGGCGCCAGGAGCUCCCAGUGGCCGUGCACACUCUGAGGGAGGGCUGCUCGGACGCCCAGAGGCUCAGCUUCCUAGCCGAGGCCCUCACUCUGGGCCAGUUCGACCAUAGCCAUGUCCUGCGACUGGAGGGUGUCGUCACCCGAGGAAGCAACCUGAUGAUUGUCACCGAGUACAUGAGCCUUGGCGCCCUGGACGGCUUUCUCAGGCGGCACGAGGGACAGCUGGUAGCGGGGCAGCUGAUGGGGCUGCUGCCUGGGCUGGCCUCAGCCAUGAAGUACCUGUCAGAGAUGGGCUACGUGCACCGUGGCCUGGCGGCCCGCCGGGUCCUAGUUAGCAGCGACCUCGUGUGCAAAAUCUCCGGCUUUGGGCGGGGACCCCGGGACCGAGCAGAGGCUGUCUACACCACCAUGAGUGGCCGGAGCCCGGCACUGUGGGCCGCCCCUGAGACGCUCCAGUUUGGCCACUUCAGCUCUGCCAGUGAUGUGUGGAGCUUCGGUGUCGUCAUGUGGGAGGUGAUGGCCUUUGGGGAGCGGCCCUACUGGGACAUGUCUGGCCAAGACGUGAUCAAGGCCGUGGAGGAUGGCUUCCGGCUGCCGCCCCCCAGGAACUGCCCCUCCCCCCUGCACCGGCUGAUGCUUGACUGCUGGCAGAAGGAUCCAGGUGAGCGGCCCAGAUUCUCCCAGAUCCACAGCAUCCUGAGCAAGAUGAUGCAGGACCCAGAACCCCCGAAGUGUACCACGACCACCUGCCCCAGGCCUCCCACCCCGCUGGCGGACCGUGCCUUGUCCACCUUCCCGUCCUUUGGCUCCGUGGGCGCGUGGCUGGAGGCCCUGGACCUGUGCCGCUAUAAGGACAGCUUCGCCGCAGCUGGCUACGGGAGCCUGGAGGCCGUGGCUGCCAUGACUGCUCAGGACCUGGUGAGCCUGGGCAUCUCCUCGGCGGACCAUCAGGAGGCCCUCCUCAGCGGGAUCAGCACCCUGCGGGCACGCGUCCUCCAGCUGCAGGGCCAGGGGGUCCAGGUGUGAGGGCUGCAUGCUUCCGGCCUAGAGCCCAGUGGGACUCCAAGCUCAGCCCUGCCACGGAUCCUGGCAAGCAGCACGCCCCCAUGUACAGGCGAGCACCAUCUUUUUCCACUUGGGCCCAGAGCUUGUUUGGGGCCACAGUCACCACCACCGCCCCCCUCACCAUUUCAUUGCCUCCCAGCCCCAUUUGCCCAGUGUGAACACCUUGGCGGACACAGUCCUCCUGGAAAACUGGUUCAAGUCCCAGGGAGCAUGCCUGAGGUAACAGCCAGAGGAAAUGCAGGGUCUCUGAGUCAGGGUCUGGGCGGGGACGGCAGGUGUAGCUUUAAAUUACCCAGUUCAUGCUCUCUGUCUUCCACAUCCACUGUGGUCUGGGGCCUCCUCCACUGACCCACUGCCAGGAGGCCACACAGGUCCCUGCUGGCUCCCAUCCAACCUGGUAGUGCCCACAGUUAUCCUGCUGGGCCCUGGAGGGGCAGGGUCCUUGGCUACCUGUGCUGGAUCAGGCUCUGUCUCGACAUUGGUCCACGGUCCAGGCAGCAAAGGUGGUGAUGAGCUCGGGGUUGGACCCUAAGGGCCCUAGGUUCAGGAGCUGAUUUCUGCUGCCCCUGCCCUUGGGCUGACAGUUCAGGUGAGCACGAGGAUCCUGGCCGGACUGCUCCAUGUCCUGGGGCUCCCCUGAGGCCCCUCGACCUCACCUUAGUAUCCCUUUUAUAAACUCCCUGGCUGGAGCGCCGGGAAGAACAUGAGGGGAUGGUGGCUGUGCUUUUCCAGACCGGGAGCCCAGUUUUAUCCUAGGGCUCCAAGAACUUUGCUAUCCAGCCGUGGGGCAUGGCUGGGUCAUGGGAUGGAUCUUCUCUCCCCAACAUGCUGAUCCAGCCCUCACCAUAGCACGGUAAAGGCCCAGGCCCAGGGAUCCGUCAGCGUCAAGGCUGGGGCUGGAGCCCCGUCCAGAGAUGAGGCUGGCUCUGAAGAGUCUUGGUCCUGCCCUGUAACACCAACACUCGUCCCUGAGGCUGCCCAGGGGACUAGAGGAGGCUUCCUCCUGCAAGCUCCCUCCCUGGGACACCACUCAGCCUCCCGUGGUGGCCUGUUCCCACUCCGCUUCUGUGGCGCUCCGGCAGAAGUGGUCUCCCUGAGCUGACUGGAGAGUUUCUCCUCCAAAAGGGCUUCCUAGAAGUGGUGGUGACCAACUGAGGCUGGGAUCUCGAGGGACAGCAGCAGGACGGCAGCGGCAGCUGGAUCUGCAUAGGGCCGUGGGCCGCGCUGGCUCAGGUCACCCCGAAGCAGGCC